AUGCGGGGGUGGGUGGGAGGCGGGCUGCAGGCGGGCAUGGAGGGGGAGGACGUGGUGGUGUAUGAGGAGCAACCGGGGGAGGUGGCGGGGGGAGGCAGGGUGCACAUGGGCAUGGAGGGGGAGGACGUGGUGGUGUAUGAAGAGCAACCGGGGGAGGUGGUAACUGCCUUUACGCAUGCCCCGUUCCUCCACAACAUCACGCACUGCUCCCCCCCCAUCCACGGCCAGGUAUGUUACUCCCCCUCCUGUCCUCCCACCUCUAACGAGGUAAGCUCCCCUUUCCCGUCCAUGCCCCUUUCCUCUACAACAUCACGCAUGGCUCUCCCCCCAUUCACGGCCAGGUAUGUUAAGCCCUCACAAGCCAACGCAUCCUCCCCCCCUUCCCCCCUUUCACUGACCGCGUCUACCAGUGGAUGGAUGGCACGUGAGUGUCGUGUCCGCAUCAACCAGCGGAUGGAUCUGCACAUCCGCAUGGGAGUGGACCAUUUCGAGUUGUGGGACGUCUCAAAAAUCACCUACUUGCAUGAUCCCGUGCGCUCUAUUCAGGUCAUCUCGGAGCGCAUCUACCAGUGGAUGGAUCUGCACAUCUGCAUGGGGGUGGACCUUUUCGAGUUGUGGGACGUCUCAAAAAUCACCUACUUGCAUGAUCCCGUGCGCUCUAUUCAGGUCAUCUCGGAGCGCAUCUACCAGUGGAUGGAUCUGCACAUCCGCAUGGGAGUGGACCAUUUCUCCCUGUACGAUGUGGGCGGGGUGGACCCACAGUUGCGAGCGCUGAUUGCGGUGAGCAGCAACGCGACACAUUGCUGCUCCCAGUUCUCGCCUCCUCUCAUUUCCACAGACGCAUGGCCUUGGACUGCUAUGGUUGUUACCCCCUCAUCUUGCUCUCCUCCGAUUCUCCUCCCUACUCACCUGCAGCCAUUACUGGAUGGAGGGAUAGCAGAGGUCACGGAUUUUCGCGACCUGGUUAACUACGAGUCCUGGUAUCAUGGGCAGGUGAUGAUAGUGAACGAGUGUGUGUAUCGCUUUCGCCGCCUCUCCAAGUGGAUAAUGUACCUUGACUUUGACGAGUUCAUGUUUAUUGAUGGUCAGGAGCGCAUGCCCACGCCGCUCAGCGUGAAUCACUUCCUCAUGCCCUACGAGGGAAUGCCCUACGUCACCCACGGCAGCCUCUGGUGGGACUUGGAUCGCUGCCUGCCCUCCCAAGGCCCUGACGAGCCCAGGUGGCCGCUGGAGCGCAUGCUGUGGCACGGGCCAGGGGUAUUUUGUAAAGCCAGGGACAACCACACCAAGCCCACCAUGUGCCUGGACCACUACGGCCACCGCAAGCUUUUUGUGGACCCCAGACGGGUGCGAGCAGUGAUGAACCAUGUGGUUCAGGAACCCACUAUUGGCGGUGGGGGAGCAGACCUGUCUACGGACGUUCUGAGACACCACCACUUCCACGGCAUAAUCAGGCAAGGCAUCAAGGAAUGCACGCUGAUAAUGAAGGAGCAUGACAACAUAACCUGGUGGUCCCGGGGAAGGGAGGAAGCUGACAGAAUGCAAUACGUGCGCACACACCCCCUCGACAUGCAAUACCUUGUUGCGGCACACAGGGUGAGUGGGUGGCUGGUGGUUGGACAGAGACAGCCUCACAUACUGCAUGUACGUCCCAUGGGAGAGAUGAGAGGAGGCGGACAGGAUGCAAUACGUGCGCACACACCCCCUCGAUAUGCAAUACCUCAUUGCGGCACACAGGGUGAGUUGCUGAGGGUGCACGAUCUUGUAUAG